AUGGCUUUGAAAAGACUCCUUCAGUUUGCAAUCAGCGCAGUUUCUCUCAAGACCGUAUUCGCGCACCAGGUCCCUUUGGGCGACGCUGUUGAACAGCCUGAAACGUGGCUGUCAAAAUAUGGUCCCCAGAUUGACCAACCAUUCUCUGGACCAUUGGCAUUUUCUCACAUGACUUAUUCCCGCUGUCUGGAAGAUGAAUCCGCGCAGUUUGAUAUAGCAGUUCUCGGUAUGCCUUUUGAUACGGGUACAUCCUAUCGCCCUGGUGCUCGCUUCGGACCCUAUGCGAUUCGUUCAGGCAGCAGAAGACAGAGGGAGGCUCGCGGAUAUAGCUUGGCUUGGGGCAAUAACCCGUACGAGCAAGGAUCAAAAAUAAUUGACUGUGGUGAUGUUCCUAUCAUUCCAUUCGACAAUGUUCUUGCCAUGGACCAAAUGGAAGUCGCGUAUUCCACUUUAUUAAAUCGUCCUAUUGCCUCCAGCCAGUCUGUUUGGGCGAAGGGUGCUCAACUUGCGAAGGACGGACGUGAGCGCCCAAGGAUCGUCAGCCUUGGAGGCGAUCACACAAUCGUGCUUCCAAUUCUUCGUGCUCUUAACAAGGUAUAUGGACCAGUUUCGGUUAUUCACUUCGAUGCACACCUUGACACCUGGAAUGGAUAUCCGGGAACGGUGACUGAGCAGUCGCGCAUUACCCACGGAACCUUCUUUUAUGUAGCCAACGAGGAAGGCUUGGUUUCAAACUCGAGUAUCCAUGCUGGUAUCCGAUGCAAAUUAGUGGGGCUGGGAGACAUUGAAAAUGAUGAAUCGGUUGGAUUCCACUUCAUUACGAGCGAUGACAUCGACGAUCACGGGGUUCCCGCGAUCAUCAAGCGCAUUCGGGAGCGUGUUGGUGACACACCUGUCUACUUGAGUCUUGAUAUUGAUGUCAUUGAUCCUGGUCUUGCACCUGCUACGGGAACUCCAGAGGCGGGAGGCUGGACGAGUAGAGAGGUCAAACGAAUCAUCCGUGGCCUGGCUGGAUUAAACUUCGUUGGCGCCGACAUAGUGGAAGUCGCUCCUGUCUACGAUAAUGGCAUACAUUAUUUUACAGCCGAAAUCACAGGCACAGCGGCGGCCGACCUUGUCCACGAUUUUCUAUCGAUGUUCAUGUCUCAAUCGCCUCCCACACCUCACGCACUUCCGGGUUCUUGGCCUCGAGACGAACUUUGA